AUGUCGGAGGCUCUCGAGCCGCUGAGAGGCUUCUUCCACCGUGUCAAAGGAUCCGUCUCACGGCGUCGUCACGGUGAGAGCAGCGGCCUCAAUGUCGUGCUAGACCCCCCGCAGGCCGAGAUUGACAUCGUUGCCGUCCAUGGCCUCGGCGACCAGGGCUUCAGCGCCUGGACCACGCGCGAUCCCGGGUCCGGCGCGUCCCGGCCCUGGCUCGAGGCGCUCCUCGGCGCCGACGUCCCCAACGCGCGCAUCAUGACCUACGGUUACGCCUCGCAUCCCGACGCCGGCUACCGCUACAUUGUCCUGCACCUGCUCGACGGCCGCGCGCUGCACCUGACUGAACACCUCGUUGCGCUGCGCCGCCGCGACGGCACCGCUCGACGCCCUCUCUUCUUCAUCGCCCACAGCCUUGGAGGCUGGAUCGUCAAGCGCGCCCUCGUCCUCUCCAGCGAGGCCACCGACCCGCUGCUCCGCAACGUCGAGCUGUCGACGUGCGGCGUCGCCUUCUUCGGCACCAUCGCCCCGGGACGCCCGUCGUCGCCGUCGCCGCUCGCCCACGUCAUACGCAGAACGUCCGGUUACAAGGACCACGGCGGCGACCACGACGACGCUUCCGCCGCCUCGCCAAUGCAGCUCCAGCCAGACGACCUCCAGUGGCUCGAACGCCAGAUGGGCGCGUUCAAAGGUGUUGCGGCGAAUCUGCCGAGGAUCUCAUUUUACGAGACGAAAAAGUCGGGCGGGAGCUUCGUGGUGGAAAAGAAGCACUCGAUGACUGGCUCGGACGGUGACCAGAUUGGCCUGGUUGCGACGCAUUCCGACCUCGUCAGUUUCCACGGCCGUGAUGCCAACUAUACGUCGUUUAUCGAUAAAUUCCGAGAAAUGGUCAGCACAAGCAUCAAAUCUGGAUUUGUGGAUGCAAAGAGAAAGGCACUCGAUGUGUCGAGUCUUCGGCUCAUCGACUUUCGCCGUAUCGGUUAUUCAAUACCAUACCAGGUCCCAAAUGACCCCGAACACAUCGUUGCUCGCGAUGACAUCAUGCAGCAAAUCAACUCCAUCUUCAAUGCUGGCCCCACGAAAGGGUCCGUCGCAUUUCGGUUCGUACAUCUAUGGGGUCAAUCCGGAACGGGCAAAACAACACUUGCGAAACACUACAUUCAGCUUCAUCAGACUGAUUUCUCUUUCGUCUUUUGGGUAUGGGCCGAGUCCUGGGAGACUGUUGCGGGCAGCUAUUUGGAUUUUGCCAACCAUCUCGUCUCGUACUACUCCGACAAGAUGCCGCGCGACAAGGUCGAGGAGCGGCUCGGCGUUACAGGUGUUGCGGAAAUGGUCUGUACAAAGAGCAUCCUGUAUUUGGACAAGAACCGCGUCAUGUCCGCUGUGCGAGCCGUCAAGGACUGGCUCAUGCAACCGGAGAAUGGCAACUGGCUUGUCGUCUUUGACGGCGUUGAGCCCAUGUACAAUGUGCAGGAGUUCAUUCCUCUGACGCUCUCGGGCAGGGUCAUACUGACCUCGAAAGGGGAGAAGGCCUGCACCUGGGGCAGUAAGGUGUGGGUGCAUUCUAUGAGCGAGGAGCAAGCCUUGGAGUUGCUUAGCGUUGGUACCGAACACUUGGAUCUCGAGAAGUCUACACAAGCAACAGCAGCAAAAUACCUCAUCCAGCGACUGGAAUGCCACCCGCUGAGUGUAGCCCAGGCUGCAUCAGCCAUGCGCACGAAGAAACUCCUCGUCUCGGAUUACGAGCGUCUGCUUGAAACUAUGCCAGGCCCGAGUCUAUUCGGUUCUACAGUUGAUCAAGCUCCUGCGGGUAGGCUCAUCCUGCGUAUAAGCGCUCUGCUCUCCUCGUCGGCAGUCCCCGCAUCGCUAUUUUUAGGAUCCCUUCAAAAUACCAACAGCACCCCUCCGCGCUUCAGGAAGGCAGUAGAGGAGCUUAAAACGCUUCAAAUGCAAGACAAUCUAGACGGCGUUUUGCAGCAUCUUAUGGACCAGCAAUUCAUCCAUCCCGUUUACAUUAGCGACUCUUCUGAGUUUUCAUCGCCGUCCGAGUCGCCUUCGUCGCCAACCUCAACAAGCUCUACUUUGACGUCGCUGUUCAUGAUGGAUGUUGACGCGCGUGAAUUCGUGCGCAAAAGUCUACCAGAAGAGGACAAGGCAGAACAUGCAUGGCUUGCAUGCAAUGUGUGUGCUGACGGCGUCCGCAAAGCUAACGACGAAUCAUCCACGUUGCAACAAGUUCAUAAAUUCGGGCGUGUCAUGGCCCCCCAUGCCAAAGUUUGUUAUGAUGACUGCUCGCCCAUCCUAGAGGAGCCCCCUGAGCUAGAGAGCGUCUCGUGGGAUAUACUUGGCAACGUGUGCAUGACACAAGGUGCCAUCACACAAGCAAUUGGGUGUUUCAAGCUGGCUCUUCAGCACACUGACUCUAUGAACCCGCUCGAGAAAAUCCAGACGUCGCUAUCCCUGAGCCAACUUUUGGAGCAAAUUGGUCAAAUGGACGCAAGCAUUCAAGUCCUCAUGGCAGUUAACCUGGUCUCCGUCGAAGAAGCACUCGGUUUCCGUCUCGCCCUGGCCAAGGCAACGGCGAAUGUCGCACGCGGGGAGCUCAGCACCGCCGAGCACCAAUUCGAGACCCUCGAGCACGAGCAGGAACAAGCCCUCGGUCCUGCUCACGCCGAGACGGUCGGCACGAUCCAGAUGCUUGCCCACACCCUGCACCGCAUGGGUAAAGCGAAUGACGCGCACGUGCUCUACCGCCGCGUGUACCUCUCGUACCAAACCACCUUUGGCCAGGGCCAUCCGAUGACGCUCGGCUCGCUCGACGACCUGGCCAACAUCUGCAAGGAGGUGUUUGCCAUUGACGACGCCGAGGCGCUCUACGCGCAGUCCGUCGACAUCAAGACGCGCUGCCUCGGCCCGCAGCACCCGCGCACCGCCCUCGCCAUCCAGAGCCACGCCGCCAUGGACGACUUGCGGGCCAGGUACUCUACCGCGCAGACCAAGUACCAAAAAGCGCUCGACAUUUUGUUACCGACGCUCGGCCGCGCACAUCCGCACUGCGUCGCCACCAUGGAGCACAUGGCUCGCAGCCUGCACCUGCAGGGCCAGUCUCUCCAAGAUCAGCUCGGUGCGACACUGCCGCCGCCACCAUCGUCGCCACGGCGACGCAUGAGCGAUAGAGCCACUACGGCUGCUGCUGCUGCUCACGAGGCGGUGCGGCGGGACGCCAUGAGGCAGCGCGCGUUUCGCGACGCGGAGAGGUUGUACCUGGAAGUGGUGGCGAUCAAAAAGGCCGCGAGGGACCUGUACGACGAGGAGAGCCUGGUGAUGACGGUGUCGGACGUGGUCAAGAUGUACGAGGUGAAUGCGUUUUUCGAAAAGGAGCGCGGGGAAAAGAUUGCGGCGGUGACGAGCCUGUUCCGCGAGGGGAGGCGACGCGGCACAGUUUAA